CUCCUGCGGAAUGCGCUGGCCUCAGGACUACAUCCCCCAGCAUGCACCAGGAUAGGCGUGCGGCGCGGUGUGAAGGGGUUCCCGUCGGCGUGAUCCCGUUCUCAGGCUGCGCGCGGGACGCUUGGUGAGGGCGGCAGGCCCCAGCUGAGCAGUGCCUGCCUCUGGAGCAAGAUGUCUGAGAGCAGCAGCCCCGUUCGGCUGGACCUGAGCUCCCUGCGGGAGGCGCCCCAAGAUGUCCUACAUAUGCUGCCUUGCGAGGUGGAGCACAAUGGCAGCGCCCCUGUGGACAGAUACUUCACCCCAGCCAUCCGCCAGGGCUCGCAGGAGAAAUCUGUAUCCUUCCGUGGCAGGAGCCUCAAGGGGCAGGAGGUGAUGGUGCCCCAAGGUUAUGUGGGGCUGGUUCUGAAGGAGGAUCAAAGGCCCUGCACAGAGGAGGAGCCUCCCAUGCUGCAGGAGCGGACAGUGCGGCUGAAAUCAACCUUUGGGGCGCUAACUGUGUGGAACCUGGAGCGGGCUCCAAGUGCGGAUGAUGGGUUGCUCCUGGCUCUGAGCUGGCCAGGGAUCGCCGAGGCCCCCUGGGAAGGGAGUAUGGACUUCAAAAAUCUCUGAACCUACUGGAAAGAGCAGAGGAGUAGGAGUCAAGACUCGAAGAUGCUGUUCCUAGUUCUGCCAUUUGACAUGUGACUAUGGACAAGUUUCUUUCCCUCCCUAUGCCUCAAUUUCUCCAUCUAUAAAAUGAGAAUAAUACUAGUGACCUGCCUGGGAUUGAGGCUUCAUGGAGCUUUGAGAUCUCUGGCAUUACUAUCUACACCUUUUUUAUUAUUCACUAUUUGUAUCAUGAUAGGGCCUAGAUUAAUUACAGAUCAGGAGCCCAUUGUGCCAGACAACAGCCAGACCCUUAUCAGUAUCCGGGCUUCUCCCCAUGGUGCCAGGCACUGCAAAAUGAGAGACAAUCCCUGCUGGAAAGAGCUCACAGUCCAAGGAUAUGAUGAGAGGUAACAAGCAACUGGGGAGAAAGGUGCACAAGGAAUCAUCUGUAUUUGUAAUUACCAAUGACCACUCAGAGGCCAGCGCAUUCCUGCAGUACAUGUCCUCAAUACAGUUCUACAGUUACAUGAGACCAUUCUGAUUCUGGGGCAGUACCCUGGGUAUUACUUCCAACUUAUCUGUAUAUAUAUAUCUAUAUCUAUAUCUAUCUCUUCUUACUAUAUGUUCCAUUCUAUGUAUCUGAUGAAGUGGACUGUAGCCCAUGAAAGCUUGUGCUCUAAUAAAUUUGUUAGUCUCUAAUGUG